GGAAAUACAUUUAAAAAAUUAAAUGCAUAAAGAAUGCAGUUGAGCAACUUUUAAAUUUAAAUAUAUUUUAGACACUCUUCCAAACUAAGAAUGCCAUCAACUUUUUUAAAAUUUGUGCGAUCAGGUUUCAUUUGUAUCACUCAUCAAAGCGUAUCAAAAUUUGUUUGUGUUUAGCAAUAAGGAAGGCGGUGCUAGGUGCUUCCCAAAUAGGCUUCGAGAUCAGGAUUUUAAUUGAAGUUAACUGAGUCUGAGAUUACCCACCCACGCACACACAACCGCCAACUGCCACCCAACCACCCAACACAAUCACAAGGACAGGAUAGUUUUUAAGAAAAAUCAUAAAAUGCCACGACGACGACGUCCACGUUGCAAGGUGAAUCCUUCGAUAGCGCUGAGGAAGAAGAACCAGGAGAGUGCCGCCAGUCGGGCGAAGGGGGAGUCGCCACCACCACCACCUCCGCCACCACCGCCGGAUCCGCCCGGCGAAGAACAACCGGAUCCGCCCAGCGAAGAGCCGCCGGAAGCCACCUCCUCUUCGAGCGGAGAUGCCGGAAACGAGAUGGACUACAAGCUCUUCCCGGAACUCUACGAUCGCCAGCCGCCGCUGCCCACAUUUGCGGAUGUAUUCGGCCAACCCUCGUACGGAAUGAUGUUGCAGGGCUCCGACUUGACCACGCCCCCUUCGACGUCGCAGGCGGCGGGAAUCCGGAGUACGCCGGAUGGCAAGUUCAGCAACAUUCCGUCCACGAUGUUGGGAGAUCGAUUUGGGAUCAUCGGACUCUUGGCCGCCAUCAGAACCACUCAAACGGAUCCCAGUGCCACGCAAUUGGUCUUCGGCGAGGACCUGACCACCUACGGAUUGGAUCUGGCCACCCAGGGGGACAUCUAUGUGCACUUCAAUGGACCGCUGACCCGCGAACCGCCGGAAAGGAGUUCCAUGAACUGCGCCCUCGAGCUGGGAAUGCGGGCCAUGCGGGACUCGAUGGAUCGCUAUCCCCAGCAGCCGCCAAGUUGGGAUCCCCUUGAGCCGGACCCUCGACACCUGGGCCUUUUGGUCGGCGUUCCCCAGGAUCAGGGCAAGAAAUCUGAACGGGUAACGAAGAAGGAUCCGCCGACAGCGACAGGUCAAACUAGAAAUCCGAAAAUGGAUCCGGGAAGAAGUCAGGAAAGCUGAUAUCUAUUUGAGAAUCAGGGACUGAACCACGUCGAGGAUAAAAAGAUAGACUAGUUCGGAUAGGAUAUCAACUUGGCAGUUGGAUAGGUCUUUGAGAACUUGGUAAAAUUUGUGAUUUUCGUAAGUUGUGUAGCCGUUCCAUACAAGAACAUUCUUUGGCUCUAAAUAUAGAAUCGGCUUAGGAUUUAA